AUGAAAGCUCAUAAACUCCUGUAUCUGGGAUGUAUCUUCCCCCUGCUGCUUUUUCAGCAGGUGUGGGCUCAAUUCCCACGGGAGUGUGCCACCAUCGAGGCUUUGAGAAGCGGUGUGUGUUGCCCAGACCUGUCCCCUGUGUCUGGGCCUGGGACGGACCAGUGCGGCUCAGCCUCUGGGAGAGGCAGAUGCGAGGCUGUGACGGCAGACUCCCGGCCCCACAGUCCCCACUAUCCCCACGAUGGCAGAGAUGAUCGGGAGGGCUGGCCCAUGAGGUUCUUCAAUAGGACAUGCCAAUGCAAUGGCAAUUUCUCAGGACACAACUGUGGAACUUGCCGUCCGGGAUGGAGAGGAGCUGCCUGCGACCAGAGGGUUCUCAUAGUCAGGAGAAAUAUUCUGGACUUAAGUAAAGAAGAAAAGGACCACUUUGUCCGGGCCCUGGAUAUGGCAAAGCGCACAACUCACCCUUUAUUUGUCAUUGCCACCAGGAGAUCAGAAGAAAUAUUGGGGCCAGAUGGCAACACGCCACAAUUUGAGAACAUUUCCAUUUAUAACUACUUUGUUUGGACACACUAUUACUCAGUCAAAAAGACUUUCUUGGGGUCAGGGCAGGAAAGCUUUGGAGAAGUGGAUUUCUCUCAUGAAGGACCAGCUUUUCUCACGUGGCACAGGUACCACCUCCUGCGUUUGGAGACAGACAUGCAGGAAAUGUUGCGGGAACCUUCUUUCUCCCUUCCUUACUGGAAUUUUGCGACUGGGAAAAACGUUUGUGAUAUCUGCACGGAUGACUUGAUGGGAGCCAGAAGCAACUUCGAUACCACUCUUAUCAGCCCCAACUCUGUGUUCUCUCAAUGGAGAGUGGUCUGUGAAGCUUUGGAAGAUUAUGAUACCCUGGGAACACUUUGUAACAGCACUGAGAGUGGGCCCAUUAGGAGAAAUCCAGCUGGAAAUGUGGCUCGACCAAUGGUGCAACGUCUUCCUGAACCACAGGAUGUCACUCAGUGCUUGGAAGUUGGUUUAUUUGACACCCCUCCUUUUUAUUCCAAUUCUACAAAUAGUUUCCGAAACACCGUAGAAGGUUACAGUGACCCCACAGGGAAGUAUGACCCUGCUGUUCGAAGUCUUCACAAUUUGGCUCAUCUCUUCCUGAAUGGAACAGGGGGACAAACACAUUUAUCUCCCAAUGAUCCCAUUUUUGUGCUCCUGCAUACUUUCACUGAUGCAGUGUUUGAUGAAUGGCUGAGAAGAUACAAUGCUGAUAUAUCCACAUUUCCUUUGGAAAAUGCCCCUAUUGGACAUAACAGACAAUACAACAUGGUGCCCUUCUGGCCUCCAGUUACCAACACAGAAAUGUUUGUUGCUGCUCCAGACAACCUGGGAUAUACUUAUGAAGUUCAAUGGCCAAGUCGAGAAUUUAGCGUAUCUGAGAUUGUUACCAUAGCAGUGGUUGCUGCAUUAGUACUGGUUGCAGCUGUUUUCUUGGGUGCUUCUUGUCUGAUUCGUGCCAGAAGCAACAUGGAUGAAGCCAAUCAGCCUCUCCUCACUGAUCAGUAUCAACACUAUGAUGAAGAGUAUGAAAAGUUCCAGAAUCCUAAUCAGUCUAUGGUCUGAUGACAACUGACCAAAUUGCUUAGAUAUUAGUGUCACAAAACUAUCUGGUUAAAAAACAAUAGAUUGAGUUACUAAUUCCAUUUUCUUCCACUUUCUUCCUUUCUUUUAUAUAUACGCAUAUGUUGAAAUUGAAGUUUCAUGCAUUCUUUUUCAGAGCUGGGAAAUGUCAUUCAGAACCUUCUCAAUACAUUCUAAUUUUCAGCUCUAUUUAAAAUUGUGGAUUGCACUAAUUCCAUGAUAUUUAAGGAGGUAGUGUAAAUAUCUUUGGCAUGUUUUAAAAGUUGACUAUAUGAUGAUAUAAAUAAGCUGCGAUGCUUUGCUUAUGCAUGAAGGAAAAUAAUGUUUGAUAGUAAAUCUCUGUUUAAAAUACAUGAGUGGGCAUUUCUAUAAUGUUAAAAUGUAAAUAAUUUAAAUUCAUUAAUAUUGGUCAGAACAUGUAAAGGAAGCCACAUUUAUUAGCUAAAAUAAAUUGUAAGGUGUUAUAAAUAAAUGAGAUCUUCCAUAACUUAAAUAACUUUAAAUAAUAACUUUAAAUUGAUAUUCCCAUUUAAAGACUAGUCAAAUAUACCAGUCACAUACAUUAAUGGGUCUUAAGUUCAAGACCAUGUAAAAUCACAAUCUCUGUCACACUUUAAAGAGGUAAAAUCUUUAUGUUUUAAAGAGAUAGUUGAUAUUGCCUGUUUGCCACUGUGCUCCCCUCCCUCCCGGUUCACUGAAAAACGACCCUUACAUACACUUCAACUCUUCGUUUCUCUUCUGGUAUCUUAGAAAUCCACAAAGAUGGCAUAAAGGUAGACAAUAUGCUUCAUAGUGCUCUAGAAAUAGUAUCCUACUCGAUGUGUUUAAUUUAAAUAAC